CUACUCAUUCUUGCUUAUAAAUUUUUUGUUAUUACCUCUUCCCUCUUUCUCUCUUUCUCCAUCUAAAUAAUAAAAAGAAAAUAUCAAAGAUUUUCAUCAUUCUCGAAAAAAAAAGCUCAAGUUUUUGGAUCUGCAAACCAUAAAAGCCUUGUUGAUUUGAUGAUUAACAAAAUCAUCAAAUGUAUUGUUAGGAUUAAUUUCAGCAGUUUUUCAUGAAGCCUCCUUGGUUGUUUUUUUUCUGAUUGAGGAAGUUGAAUAUUCUAUUCGAUGUUGAUGAUGGAGAAUAGUGAGGUUGAGGAGAACUUGUUAUCUAUCGGUGAGCCUAAGUUACAUGGAGGAAUGUGCAAGAGCUUAUCAGCUGUAUAUGCAAAAGUGCUGGGAAUAUUUCCUGAACUAGAAGCUGCAAGACCAAGAAGCACAUCUGGUAUUCAAGCAUUGUGUGCUUUGCAUAUAGCCCUUGAGAAAACAAAGACUGUUCUUCAACAUUGUGCUGAAUGCAGUAAACUUUACCUGGCCAUAACAGGAGACUCUAUAGUUCUGAAGUUUGAGAGAGCAAGAUGUGCUCUUGAAGAUAGUCUAAAGCGUGUUGAAGAUAUAGUACCACAAAGUAUUGGCUGUCAGAUCUCUGAAGUUCUGAAUGAACUUCAAGGGAUUGAGUUCUCACUUGAUCUGGCAGAGAAGCAAAUUGGUGAUGAGAUAAUUACAUUGCUUCAGCAGGGAAGAAAAUUCAAUGGUAGUGACAACAAUGAACUUGAGUCUUUUCACCAAGCUGCCUCGAAACUCGGUAUAACUUCUUCAAGAGCUGCUCUUAGAGAAAGAAGGGCUCUGAAAAAGCUCGUUGAACGAGCCAGAGCAGAAGAGGAUAAACGGAAAGAGUCAAUUGUUGCUUUUCUUUUGCAUCUCAUUAGAAAAUACUCAAAGUUGUUUAGAUCUGACUUGUCAGAUGACAAUGAUUCACAGGGUUCAACACCUUGUUCACCCACGGUUCAGGGAUCCUUUGAGUAUGGUAUUGGAGCUGGAAGCAAUAUUCAUGCUUUUGACCGGCAACUUUCAAAACUUAGCUCUUUUAAUUUCAAACCCAACUUUAGGAGGACAGACCAGACGCCUGUUCCUCCUGAAGAGCUGAGGUGUCCUAUCUCAUUACAAUUAAUGUAUAACCCUGUGAUAAUUGCUUCUGGGCAAUCAUAUGAAAAGAUUUGCAUUGAGAAGUGGUUCAGCGAUGGGCAUAACACAUGCCCAAAGACUCAGCAGGAGCUCCCUCAUCUUGGUUUAACUCCUAAUUAUUGUGUGAAGGGUCUGGUUGCUAGUUGGUGCGAACAGUAUGGGGUUCCGAUUCCGGAUGGUCCACCUGACUCCCUUGAUCUCAACUACUGGAGACUGGCUUUGUCUGAAAGUGAGUGCACGAAUUCCAAAUCUACGGGAAGUAUCGUUUCUUGCAAGUUCAAAGGUGUCAAAGUGGUUCCUUUGGAAGAUAGUGGUAUUAUUGAGGAGGCCGAAGGGAUUGAAGUAGAUGAAUCUGUCCAGGAAGAUGAGCUUCAAGACAAUUCUCUUGAAAGAUACGAUGACUUCUUAGCCAUCUUAAAUGAAGGGGAAGAUUACAGGAAAAAGUGCAAAGUGGUAGAACAAAUAAGGCAUCUGCUAAAGGAUGAUGAAGAAAUCAGGAUUUAUAUGGGAGCAAAUGGCUUUAUUGAAGCACUACUAGGGUUUUUGGAGUGUGCUAUACAAACCAGGAAUGAGAUUGCUCAAGAAAUCGGAACCAUGGCCCUCUUCAACCUUGGAGUAAAUAAUAACAGGAACAAGGAGUUGAUGCUGGCGGCGGGUGUUCUUCCUUUGCUGGGAAGAAUGGUUGCUACUUCCAGUGCAAUCAGUGCAGCGACAGCCCUUUACCUGAAUCUUUCGUGCCUUGAGGAAGCCAAGCCCAUUAUUGGUUCUGGUGAAGCCAUUCCAUUCUUGAUCGGAGUCCUACAGCGUGAGACCGAUACUCAAUGUAAGCUGGAUGCCCUCCAUGCACUAUUUAAUCUCUCCAGUAAUCCAACAAAUACUCCACACCUUCUGUCAGCUGGCAUUCUGGAUGGACUGAAAACUCUUAUGUCAUAUACGGAUGACCAUACGACAGAAAAAUGCAUAGCGGUUCUUAUAAACCUAUCUCUAAGUAAAUCUGCAAGGGAUGAAAUUGUGUCAUCUCCUGGUCUUAUCAGUAGUCUUGCAACGGUUUUAGACGUUGGGGAGCCUUUAGAACAGGAGCAAGCUGCAGCUUGUAUGUUGAUAUUAUGCAAUGGAAAUGAGAAAUGCAGCCAAAUGGUCCUUCAAGAAGGAGUGAUACCUUCAUUGGUGUCGGUAUCAGUAAAUGGGACUAUGAGAGGAAAGCAGAAAGCUCAGAAGCUUUUGAUGUUGUUUCGUGAACAGAGACAGAGAGAACCCUCACCAGUUCAAACUCAACCCCGGACUGAAAACACCGAGACAUUGGACAUGCCUUCUGAAGAUUCCAAGCCAUUGUGCAAGUCAACCUCGCGGAAAAAAUUGGGCAAGGCAUGGAACUUCAUGUGGAAGACCAAGAGUUUUUCUGUAUACCAGUGUUAAAUAUUUGUCAUUCCUACCACUAGUAUGUAAAUCUCUAAUUUAUCUCAUCUUCUGUCCUAUCCCAAUGGGUGCGUUCAGUUUUUCUUUGUGGAAGAGAUGUACAGGUCUGGACACUUUAAGGCUUAUCCAUGAGUUAAUGCUAUAGCUCCAUCCUUCACAGGGAAAAAAAAGAACAGCCAUUGAAUGUGAAUAUAAGCUGUUAUUUCCUGAGAUGUAUGUAGCAAUACUAGCUGUUAUUUCCUGGAUGGUUCUUUAUCGAAUCCAAAAUGGAGGAUACCGGGAUAUCAUAUAACGUUCUUAUUCACAUCGUUAUCAUGUACCUUUGUUGGUGGGAAGUAACAGAUACUCGGUGGAACACAUUGUAUGUUGGUUUGGCAA